AUGUCGCUCUUCGGACAGGCCAAGCCUUCGCUGUUUGGGCAGUCGCAGCCCGCUCAGACAACUGCGCCGAAUCAGAGCACAGUAUUCGGUCUAGGCCAACCUCAACAACAGCAACAGGGCAACACACUCGGCGCAUCGAUCCAGCAACCACAGCCGCAACAGAUGCCAGCUCUAUCUCAGUCGCAAGCUCAGCUGUCAAACUCGCUAUGGCAGCCUGGAAAGGAAACACCGCAUCAGAAGCCGAUUCUGGAGCAAAUGAAGCUUGUUACCGAGAAAUGGGACCCUGCGAACCCCAACUGCGUCUUCAAAUACUAUUUCUACAACAAGGUCGAUGAGAGCCACGUUCCUUACUACAAGCCUCAACCUCACGAAGACCCUCGGGAAUGGGAGGAAGCCCUACAGAAUAAGCCAGCCCCAGGGUUCAUGCCCGUUCUUUGUUCUGGCUACGCUGGCGUUGCCGACCGCCUUAAAACACAACAGCGCGCCGUCGCCGACUUCAACACUCGUCUCCACCAGAUCAACGGCAGCCUGGAUGCCAUUCUUCAGCGCCACGAGCUCGAGACUGAGGUUCGCGCGGUCGCCGCCCGUCGACGACAGACAACAAUUAGUGAAAGAUGCCUAGCACUUGCUGCGCGGAUACAAGUGCUCCGCAACCGUGGCUACGCACUGAGUGGCGAUGAGGAUGAUCUAAGCAGCCGACUGCAGACUCUGGAGCGAGAAGUUCAAGACCCUGCUGUUGGAGCUAGAGAGGAAGAACUCUGGAGCCGCCUUAUUGUGUUGCGAGGCUAUGCUGAUCAGCUCAGCAAGGAGCUGGAUAAGCCCACCGGUUCUGAGGGAGAGAGUAUUGAUCCAGAGCGAGAAGCCAAAGCAAAACGAGUGCUUGAGGAUUACGAGAAGCAGAUCCAGCAUAUCAAGAAAGAGCUUGAGGCUCUAUCGACAGAUUAUGCAGAGUGGGAGAAGACCAGGAACCCGCACUCGAAAUAG